GUAAUUGAAACCAACCAUAAGCUCCUUGUGUCUAAGCUUUAAAGGUAGCCCCGAUUAUUGCUGACUUAAGCAUCGGAGUGUCUACCCCGAGGAUCCACCUCGGGGCUUUGCAGGUUAAUCCAGAGUGCAGAUACGGACUGAAGAAGGACUUCUGGUUUGGUGCAGUUACAUUUUGGCGCCGUCUGUGGGAAACUGAACUAAAGGCUCCUUUGUUGCUCUUACCAUGGUUAAAACUAGGUCAGCCCGAGGUGGAAACUCGUCUCAGCCUCUUGGACGAGGUCAGGUCCCCAGCAACCUUCCACCUCAUCCUCCACCCCCAAUCCCAAAUACAUUCCCUCCUGUUGAUCAUGCAGAAGGAGAAGACGAAAAUCAACCACACAAUUCAGUUAGCAACUCAGCCUCUACUGCUAACCAAGAUGUAGUUGCAACUCAGCUCGCUGCCAUGCAACAGCAGUUUGGUGUCUUUCAGCAAGUGCUGGCUCAGUUGUUAGCUCGGAACAAUCCUGGUGAUCCACUCAUCAAUCUACUUAAUCCUGCCCCACCACAACCCCCAGCCCCACCACAAAAUCCUGAACCAGUUCAACGUGCUCCCGCUGUUAGUGAAUCUCAGGGCCAAUCUCACAUUGCACCAGUUCAGCAACCUCCUCAUGAUGAUGUCACUCGAUGUCUAGAUAGCUUAGAAAGGCUAGUGGUUGAACAGCGAGGUGCCCCACCUCCAUACCCUGCUGUUGACUCCGUACCCCACCCUCUCAACACCAAUAUUGUAUUGGAACCCUAUCCCACUGGCUUCAGAAUACCACAACUUGAAACUUAUGAUGGGACGAAGGACCCCGAUGAUCAUCUACAUGCUUUCUACUCUUGCAUGCAGGCCCAGAAUGCCUCUGACGCGUUAAUGUGCAAAAUCUUUCCCUCUACUCUCCGCGAAUUGGCAUCUACUUUUGCCACAAAGUUUUCCAGUAGAAGAUUGAUCAGGAAAACCACUUCUGAACUGAUGCGAGUUAAGCAGAGGGACGGAGAGUCUUUGAAGAAUUUUAUGAGCAGAUUCAAUGAUGCAGUGCUGGAGGUUAAUUCUUUUGACCAAGCUGUGGGAAUUACAGCGGUGAUCUCGGGUCUUGGCCAUGAGAGGUUCCGAGAUAGUCUGCUCAAACAUCUUGCCAACACCUUCAGCGAGGUAAAUGAUAGAUCGUUGAAAUUCAUAACUGUUGAGGAAUAUCCCCUAUCGCAGAACCUAACUCCUACUAAGAGCCAACACCCGGACUGGAGAGAUGAGAAUCCGAACAGGAAACGAAUGAAGACAACACAGAACCGAGGUCCGAUGUCGACCUCGAGAUUCGGAAGGCCGAACUCAGCACCUCCGCAACAACCUGCAGGUAAACCUCUAGUUAAUUGGACUCCUUUUAAUUUACCGAGGUCACAAAUCUUUAUGCAGAUUAAGAAUAAGAUGGACUUAAGACGUACGGGUCCAAUGAGAACUGCUGCUGCUACCAGAGAUCAUACUAGAGAACAAGGGUCACAGCAUCAAGCAAUCCGCAAUCCCCCAAACAGACAAGGUGUGGGAUAUCAGCAAGCUCCACCCCCACUCCCACCACCAGCUAGAGUAAUACACAUGAUUACGGGAGGUCUGGAAGCCGGUGGACUGAGCUCUAAGCAGCGAAAGCUGUAUGUCAGAGAGGUUAAGCAUCAGAACCGAGCUCAGAAGCGAAAAUUUAACGAUGCUGAGUGGAAGAAUCAACCCAUCACUUUCACAUCUGCUGAUCUCGAAACAGUUGUCACACCUCACAAUGAUCCUCUAGUUACUUCUGUCACGCUCAACAAUUGUGAAGUGCAGCGUGUCCUUGUUGACAUAGGGAGUGCACCAGACAUCAUGUACUUCCAUUGUUUUGAGAGUCUUGGGUUAGAUCCCGCUCUGUUGCAGCCGUAUGAUGGUCCCAUUUACGGGUUUAACAACCAACCAGUUCCAGUUGAAGGAGUCCUCACUAUGAAUGUUGCAUUUGGCAGUGGCCGAAGUUAUGUGACCCCUUCAGUCAGGUUUUUGGUAGUCAAGAUGGCGUCCUCAUUCAAUGUCAUCAUUGGUCGACCCACACUGACUGAAAUCCGAGCUAUGGUUUCCCAAUCUCAUCUAUGCAUGAAGUUCCCAACUCCUACGGGAAUAGCAACGCUGCGAGGCAACCAGGAGGUGGCCCGACAUUGCUAUAUCACCUCGGUAACACAACCUCAGAAGGGCAAGACUCAGACACCCAAGGUUGAUCCCAAACGGAUUCUUGAUGAUCGGCAAGUUAUGGGUGUUGAGAUAGUAGAUAACCGACCAGAAGAUGAAACCAGAGCUGCUCCAGUCGAAGAUGUAGAAGAGGUGCAGAUUGAUGACAGAGGUCCGAGCCGGAAAAUGCAAAUUGGGACUAAAUUGAACCCGGAGGAAAGAGCAGAGCUAAUAGCUUUUCUUCGGGCCAAUAAAGAUGUUUUUGCAUGGACUUCAACAGACAUGCCAGGAAUUCCCACUUCAGUCAUUAAAGAAGAAGUUGAGAAACUCCUACAAGCUGGUUUUGUCAGAAGGGUCGAUUACUGCGAGUGGGUCGCCAAUCCGGUGUUGGUGAAAAAAGCAAACAGUAAGUGGCGGAUGUGCAUUGAUUACACUAACCUCAACGAUGCAUGUCCAAAGGAUUGUUAUCUAAUGCCAAACAUUGAUAAGCUGGUUGAGGCAGCUUCGGGGAAUGAGAGAUUAAGUCUCUUGGAUGCAUACUCAGGCCACCACCAGGUCCCAAUGGCUCCUGAGGAUGAAGAAAAAACCUCGUUCUAUGCUGGUGAUGAGAUCUAUUGCUAUGUAAUGAUGCCCUUCGGCUUGAAGAAUGCAGGCGCCACUUACCAGAAGAUGAGUUUGAAAGCUGACGAUCACUUAACCGAUCUUGAGGAGACAUUCAACAAUCUUAGACAGAAUAGAAUGAGCUCACCACCUCUACUGACUAAAGCCAAAGAUGGAGAAAUCCUCUAUCUAUAUCUGGGAAUUUCAGAUGAAGCCAUUAGUUCGGUUCUGAUUCUGCAAAAGCCUGAGUGUUCUGGAAGAUUAAUUAAGUGGGUAGUAGAACUGGGGGAGUUUGAGAUAACAUUUCAGCAGAGAUCUGCAAUCCGAGCUCAGGCACUGGCAGAUUUCAUUGUAGAGUGCACUCCAGGUAAUUCCAUUCCUACUCCGGAGCCCAAUGACUGGACCUUAUAUGUUGAUGGGGCAUCUAGUAGCAAAGGUUCAGGAGCUGGUGCUCUCUUGAUUGGCCCAGAUGAAUACCGAAGUGAACAUGCUCUAAAAUUUAACUUCGAUGCAACAAACAACAUGGCUGAGUAUGAAGCCCUGCUACUGGGUCUGCAGCUAGCCUUGGAAUUAAAACUCAGUGCGAUCCAAGUAUACAGUGACUCCCAACUGGUGGUGAACCAAAUUAACUCAAUUUGCGAAGUUGUUGAUCCUGUGAUGGUGAAAUAUGUAGCUCUGGUGGCCAAGCUGAAGUGCAAAUUCCAGAAAUUAUGUCUGAGCAAAAUCCCCCGAACUGAGAAUGAACAGGCAGAUUCACUCUCUAAAUUCGCCUCUGAUAGUUCUUCACAUUCCAGAUCAGUUUUUGUGGAGGUCUUAGAUGAACCAAGCUUCGUGAAGCCACGGGUGAUGGAGAUCAGCACCGACCCAGGCACACCAAGCUGGACUGACCCAAUCCUUUCCUUCUUACGAGAUGGGAUAGUACCUGAGGACAGGCAGGAGGCAAUGAAGUUGAGGAGGAAAGCAUCUCGGUAUACACUUGUUGAUGGGAUCCUUUAUAAGCGAUCUUUCUCUCUACCUCUUCUACGGUGCUUGAAUCCCUAUGAAGCAGAAUAUGCACUUAGGGAGGUGCAUGAAGGUGUCUGCGGAAGUCACGUGGGUGCUCGAACUUUGGCUCAGAAAGUCCUUAGACAGGGUUAUUAUUGGCCCAACAUGUACAAGGAUGCCACUCACUUUGUUCAGAGAUGCUUGAAAUGCCAGUUCUUUGCACACCUGACUCACCAGCCUACAGAAGAGCUCACUACUCUGGUAGCACCAUGGCCAUUUGCUCAGUGGGGAUUGGAUCUUUUGGGCCCAUUCGUGAAGGGGGUUGGUGGUGUAACCCACCUGAUCGUUGGUGUAGAUUACUUCACAAAGUGGGCUGAAGCUCGGCCGUUAUCCAGUCUUACUUCCAAGAAGGUUGAAGACUUUGUUUUCAGCUCAAUCAUCUGCAGAUAUGGGAUCCCGAAUCAAAUUGUGGUUGAUAAUGGAACGCAAUUUAACUGCACCUCUUUUCGAGAUUUCUGUUCCAGCUAUGGGAUUAAAUUGCAGUUCACCUCAGUUUACCAUCCGGAGUCCAACGGUAUGGUCGAAUUUGUUAACAAGUGCAUCUUAGAAGGUAUAAAGCCGAGGCUGGAACAACACAAGGCCAAGUGGGCAGACGAGCUCAACAACGUCCUCUGGGCAUACAGAACUACGAGUUGAACUGCUACAGGUAUUACUCUACACCUGGCCUAUUUGAUUAAAUUUAUAUUACUCUA